AUGGCGAAGAAAAGGAAAGCCCCACGGGCGACCACAGCGGCUGCACGACCGCACGAUGUUGACCGAUUCGAUCCCGAAGAAACUUUCAACGACUCCGAAGAUGACUUCUUCGCGGGACGAGACAAAGUCAUGCUGGACGAGGAGCCUGCUGCAAAGCGGAGGAGAAGACUAGAAGAGCAAGAGCGAAUUCUACAGCCAUCCGACGAGGAAGUAUAUCUGGAUCACGACCAGGAAUCUGAGGAUGAGGAUGAAGCACACGACGCCGUUGAGGGUGAGGAGGAAGAAGAAGACGACACUUACUGGGGAACAUCGAAGGCAGACUACUACAACGCUGAUGUUAUCGAGACUGAAGCGGAUGCGCUGGAGGAGGAACAAGAAGCUCGAAGACUGCAGGAGAAACAACUCAAGGCUAUGACUGAAGCGGAUUUCGGGUUUGAUGAAAGCGCCUGGGCGGAUGACAGCCAGACUGACAAGAGGCCGACCGUCGAGCGACUACCUGAACUGCAAGUACCGGACAGUGCGACCGAUGACGAACGAGUGAAUAUCCUCAAGUCAAGAUACCCUGAAUUCGAACCUUUGUCGAAAGACGUCCUGGAGUUGCAAUCUACAUACCAGUUACUCAAGAAAGAGGCGGAAUCGCAACAGCCAGGGAAUGGCCCUGGUCCUACUGUCAAAUUCCGAGCCUUGUCUGCGUACCUGGGGUCAGUUGCGAUGUAUCUUUCGCUCCUCACGUCUACCAAGAACGGCUUGGCACUGCCUCCGGGAGAGCUACGUCAGCAUCCGGUCAUGGCCAACCUCGUUCGUUGUCGGCAGCUGUGGCAGGAAGUGGAAUCCUUGCGAUCGACGGAUGUCCAGAUGGAGGAAAGACGCACCAAAGACAAGGUACCCGAGCCAAUGGAGAAGGCACAGCCGACACCCGAGAAGAAGACGAAAAGGGCAAAGAAGGUCAAGAAGCGCAGUUUAACACCGCCCGACCAGGCAUCACCAGAACCUCAGACUGCAAGUACCAAACGAAGGAGGGAAAAGAAAGGGAAGCAGAACGACCUGCAAAAACUGCUCGACGCGUCACUGAAGAAACCAACAGAGGCCGAAUCGGAUUUUGGCGACGAAGCACCUCUAACCCACGAAGAAGCCGAAGAGAAGGCUCGGCGGAAGAAGAGUCUACGAUUCUACACUUCUCAGAUCGUGCAGAAGGCAAACAAGCGAGGGGCAGCAUCAAGACAGGCGGGCGGCGACGAUGAUGUGCCAUACAAAGAACGCAUACGAGACAAGCAAGAGCGAUUGAUGCGCGAAGCUGAGCAGAGGGCACGAUCCAAUGCCAACAACGACGAGGCUCUUGGCACUGACGAUGAAGGCUCGGACCGUGGCAAUGAGAUCAACGAUGAAGCCAACGAGUACUAUGAUAUGCUGGUGUCGAACUCGAAGCAAAAGAAGGUGGGCAAGCAAGCUAGAGCAGAAGCAUACGCCGAGGCCGCUAGACAUGGCGCGCAAGUCUACGAACAAGAACAAGUUGGACCGGACGGUAAGAGAAAGAUCACCUACGCGAUCGAGAAGAACAAAGGCCUGCAACCGAAGAGGAAGAAGGACGUCCGCAAUCCUCGCGUCAAGAAGAGGAAGAAGUUUGACGAGAAGAUGAAGAAAUUGAGUUCGAUGAGGCCUGUCUACAAGGGCGGCGAGGGCAGAGGAGGGUACGGUGGCGAAGCGACGGGCAUCAAGACAAAUGUGGUCAAGAGUGUCAAAUUGUGA